GAAUUGAAAGAAAAUGGCAGUGGGAAUACCAGUUGGGAGACUAUUAUAGUAGGCAGGUGAGAGCUACAGAAGACAUGACAUAGUUGUGACUGUGGGUAUAGGGAAGGUUCUGCACCUCCACAUUGGAGAGAUUUGGGGUUAUAGUAGGCAGAAUCUCCUUUACUGAAGAGAUCUAAGGAGUGAGUCUAAGGGAAGAUGGGAAAAGAGGAAGCAGACAGGACUUGAGGAUUUUCAGCUAGGGCAUAGGAAUAACCAUAUGCCUUAAAUUUCACACAUGAGAUCCUACUUCAGAUAUUAGGUCUUAAUUUUUAAUUUCUUUGAAUUAUCUGUGUUAUGUUGAUUCAGGAAAGUUAGGGUGACUGGGAGAAUGGUUCAUACGCUUUCUAGGGGUUAACUGCAUUUAGAAACCGAACAAUUCUCCAGUAAGUAAUCUAUACAGUAGAGAAGCUGUUGUCUAAUCCUAGAGGCUAUUUCUGUCUUUUCUCUCCAUCAUCCUGCUCUUUGAGGAGUGAAAUACAUAGAAUUGCUCUUUAGUUGCACAUGCAUUCCUCUGCCUGGCCACUCAUCCCAGCCAAAUCUCCUAUUUUCCAUACUAAAGGGUAUAAAACAUUUGUUUUGUUUUCUUCCAUCAUAAAAGAAUACCUAUUGCUCUUUUAAAAACUGGAUAUUUUAAUAUAAUAAAAAUUAUCCUGUGCUGGCUAAUUACUUAGAAAGGAAAUGAAAAGAAAAUCUUCAUAAAUGUGGCUAUUAAGAACAUUUCAGACCCAAGUGUUUAUGUAAUUUCUUCCAUUUGCCAUUCAGCCAUAAUGGGUUUCUAGAUAAAAACGAUGCUGCCCAAAGAGUCAUUUUCAGGGAGGGAUUGCUGCUAAUAGAGGAAAUUUGUGUCCCAGCUACAAUGCAGUAAUGUAACUGUCAGCAAUUUACUAAAUAAUCAGGUGUGCCUGGCACGUUAUUUUUGUAGCUCUUGUAUGAGCAUGUUUAAGGAAAAAAAAUAAUGCUCUUCUGAUGUGUUGUGUCUCUUUGCUAUGAGACUGACAUUACACAUAGGUAUUAUCUUCAUUCUCUGUUCCCCAUCCUUGGAAAUUUGAGGGCUUUCUGGCUGCUAGUAGAGAAUUCUUUACAAGUUGUUUUGUGGGAGCCUUAGAGGUCCUUGCUCAUUCUAAGUCCCUCCGCAAGAUACUGCAUUAUCCAUGCAGCUUAUGAGACUCUAAACUACCUUAUGCAAAAGAAAAAAAAUUACACAAUUAACAUUUAUUCCAUAGAUUCUGUGUUAAAUAUGAAAAGCAAGAUGCCUGGCACAUGUCAGAUUCGCGAAUUCACUUGCAGUGUCUUUAUUUUUACUGAUGAGGAAAUCUAGGUUCUGAAAGUAACCUAUACGAGGUCACACAGCUAGCGCCAGAUGCAGGAUUCGACCCAGCUCAAGAGAUGGCUGCCCAGUGUGUCACAAAGGUGGAACUGAAUAUUUCCUGUGACAAUCUUUUGGAUAAAGAUGUAGGGUCAAAGUCAGACCCUUUGUGUGUGUUAUUUUUGAAUACGAGUGGUCAACAGUGGUAUGAGGUUGACCGCACAGAAAGGAUUAAGAAUUGCUUGAAUCCCAAAUUUUCCAAGACAUUUAUUAUUGAUUACUACUUUGAAGUGGUUCAGAAAUUGAAAUUUGGGAUUUAUGACAUUGACAACAAAACUAUCGAGCUGAGUGAUGAUGACUUCCUAGGAGAAUGUGAAUGUACCCUUGGACAAAUUGUUUCCAGUAAGAAACUAACUCGACCACUGGUGCUUAAAAAUGGCAGACCUGCAGGGAAAGGAAGAAUUACGAUUUCAGCUGAAGAAAUAAAGGAUAACAGAGUUGUCUUGUUUGAAAUGGAAGCAAGAAAACUUGAUAAUAAGGAUCUAUUUGGAAAGUCAGAUCCAUACCUGGAAUUCCACAAGCAGAUGUCUGAUGGAAACUGGCUAAUGGUUCAUCGAACAGAGGUUAUUAAAAACAACUUGAAUCCUGUUUGGAGGCCUUUUAAAAUCUCUCUUAACUCCCUGUGCUAUGGAGAUAUGGAUAAAACUAUUAAGGUAGAGUGUUAUGAUCAUGACAAUGAUGGGUCCCAUGAUCUCAUUGGAACAUUUCAAACCACCAUGACAAAACUGAAAGAAGCCUCCAGAAAUUCACCUGUUGAAUUUGAGUGCAUAAAUGAAAAAAAGAGGCAAAAGAAGAAAAGCUACAAGAAUUCAGGUGUUAUCAGUGUGAAACAGUGUGAGAUUACAGUGGAAUGUACAUUCCUUGACUAUAUCAUGGGAGGAUGUCAACUGAAUUUUACUGUGGGUGUGGACUUCACUGGCUCCAAUGGUGAUCCAAGGUCUCCCGACUCCCUUCAUUACAUCAGCCCCAAUGGUGUUAAUGAGUAUUUGACUGCAAUCUGGUCUGUGGGACUGGUCAUUCAAGAUUAUGAUGCUGAUAAGAUGUUUCCAGCUUUUGGUUUUGGAGCUCAGAUCCCACCUCAGUGGCAGGUUUCUCAUGAAUUUCCAAUAAACUUUAAUCCGUCCAAUCCCUACUGUAAUGGAAUUCAAGGCAUUAUAGAGGCAUAUCGGGCCUGCCUUCCUCAGAUAAAACUCUAUGGACCAACUAAUUUUUCUCCAAUCAUAAAUCAUGUGGCCAGGUUUGCUGCUGCAGCCACACAACAACAGACAGCUUCUCAAUAUUUUGUGCUCUUAAUCAUUACCGAUGGCGUGAUCACAGACCUUGAUGAGACCAGACAAGCUAUCGUUAACGCUGCCAAGCUGCCUAUGUCCCUCAUCAUUGUCGGAGUCGGAGAUGCUGACUUUGGUGCCAUGGAGUUUCUGGAUGGUGAUGGUGGAAGUCUCCGCUCCCCGUUGGGCGAGGUAGCCAUCAGGGAUAUUGUCCAGUUUGUGCCUUUCAGACAGUUCCAGAACGCUCCAAAAGAAGCGCUUGCUCAAUGUGUCUUGGCGGAGAUCCCCCAGCAGGUGGUAGGCUACUUCAACACAUACAAACUCCUUCCUCCCAAGAACCCGGCUACGAAAUGAAAGGAGCUCUGGUCGCCUGAGCAGAGAGAAGUCUUUUGUGCUGUGUGGAGCAAUGGAUUUCCCUCUGACCCCAAAUCAUGAAUCUGUCAUUUUACACACUUCUCACGAACCCCAGCAUUUAUGAUGCAAACCUAGUUCUCUAUGGAUUAUGUCUAUUUAAAGCAUUCUUUUUUACUUUUUUUGGAGGAAAGUGCUAACUUAAUCUUUGCCCAAUCAAUUCAGUGAUUGCUAGUGAUUUACAGUAAUUGCAGUGAGGCUAUUUGGAUUAGAAACUGGUGUGAGAAAAGUGGAUUUUGUUCUUGUGGUUGUUUACUUUCAUAUGACGAAAAUGUUGUUUUUGAAUGUUUGUAAAUAAGAAAGAGUGGAAAAUUUUUGGAAUGAUGCGAAGGUUGCUGUGCUUUGCUCUAGGCAAUAUAUGUUUUAUAAGCCAAUGUCCAUGCCUGACAACAAGGGCUUCUUAAAUUAGAUGAUAUUGAAUUUGUUUCUAGAACUAUACUUAGUGCUAUUCCAUGGGAUAAAACUACCUUUACUUGUGCCUGAAUUUUGCUGCAAUUUAGACAUGCACAGUUCAAAACAGCAUGCAUCCUUAUAGGACUUCAUGAAAAGUACCGAAUGGGAAGGAAAGGCACAUAUUCAGUUCUUAAAAUUGUACAAUCAACAAGUAAAAGGAACCUCAUGUAAGUAAGCCAUUUUUAUUUGCCUUCCUAGAUCUUUCUUUUUCAUUAUUGAAUACCGUAAACAUGGUCAGAUUUGACCUUUUCAUUGAUUGUACGUGACACUCAGGAUUCUGUAUCUGCAUUGAUGAUAGGUAGCCCUAGAUUCAACAUUAUUAGAUUAUUUUAAUUGGAGUUUGUUAAAAUGGUUAGGAUGGGUUUAUCCAGGAAAACUGUAAGAACCAAACAUAUAAGGGGAAAUUCAGAAUUCUAUUUCCUUUUAAUCAAUGAAAGACUUUACUUAUUAAAAAAGGCAAUGUUUAUACUUUCCUUGUUAAGGUCCCAUAUAUUGAUUUGUACAUUUGUGUAGAUUCAUUUAGAUAUUCUCUCUUUUUUUUUAAGUAACAUUUUUAGUCUGAUUUUUUUAAACUCAUGGUAGUGGUUAUUAAUCAAAAUCAUAUCUUACGUUUUAAUAAUGAGCUAUUUCCUAAAUCCAGAAUGUAUUGUAUUAAGCAUAAAACCUGUUAUAACUUUAAAAAAAAAUCCAGUUGCUGCAUAGGAUAGAGUGUGUUUUUAUUUUUUUAGUAGAAUUUUUUUCCUGAUUUUUACCCUUUAGAACAUAAUACUUAGCAAACAUUACCUUUUCAGAAUAGAUUCAGUAACGUUUUAUUGAGGAGCUGUGUGCCAAGUACUAUG